ACAAACAUGAACCAAGAGCUUGGUGUUGGGGAUAGCAUUGCAGACAAAUCAAGCGACUCCUCAGCAGUAACAGCUAAUGAUGUUUCUUUUGUAGAACAUCUGCUGAAAAAUGGGAUGGAUGUCAAUGUGAAGAAUCCUCAAGGUUUCACUCCCUUAAUGUUAGCGGCCUUUAAUGGUAACACAGAACAGAUUCUGGUUUUAUUAGAGCACGGCGCAGAUAUUGAUAUGAGAGAUGACACCGGCAUGUCAGCUUUUUUAAUUGCCGCGUUGCUAGGUGACGUUAAAAACAUGGAGGUUCUUGUCAAUAACGGGGCAGACGUCAAACAGAAAACAAAAGAAGGGAAAAACGCGUUGAUCUUAUCUUCAUAUGCUGGCCAUUUUGACGCUGUAAAAUACCUACUUGACAUUAAACUUAUUGAUGUUAACGGCGUCGAUAAUUUUGAUCUCACUGCACUGAUGUACGCCGCACAAAAGGACAAAGUUGAUGUUCUAAACUUGCUCAUAGAACAUGGGGCAGAUGUUAACAAGCAGAACAAUAGACAAUUUACUGCCUUACAUUUUGCUGCGCUUUACGGUAAGGACGAUAACAUCGACGCUUUAAUACAAGCCGGCGCUGACGUGAAUAUAAAGAUGAAUCUUGGUUACAGUGCCGUUCAACUUGCGGCACAUGAAGGCUAUGAGUCGAUCGUAAAGAAGUUACUGGACAACAACGCGGAUCUGAACAUGGAAGAAUUUCUCUCACAGAAGAUCCUCGUGAACAGCUUAAAGUGCCUGCAAAUGGGCGUGUACUUCCUGCUGCUCAGGUGGUCGGGGCCGUUUGCCAUUAUAAAUCACGUGCUUGCAUUGCUGAUCUACUUUGCGAUGUUUGUUUUUGUCAGCAUCAUUCGAUUCCACCUCAAUGUUUCUAACACGAAUCAUGUACCAAUAAGUGCUAGUAACUUCCGGUACAUCCUAUGGGCACCAGUCUAUGAUCCCAACUCGAGACUUCCAGGGCUUGCUUUCGGAGAUAACACCACACACAUAUCAAGUUCCUUUUUCGUUGCUGUCAGGGAGAAAAAUAAUAAAUUCUUAGAAUAUCUCUUGGACAAUGGGAAUGAUGUCAAUGUGAAGAAUCCUGACGGAUUAACUCCCUUGAUGAUUGCCGCCGAUUCUGGCAACACUGAAAUGGUUCAAUGUUUACUUGCCCACGGCGCCGAUGUUAACAUGACGGAUGGAAAUAAAAUGUCAGCGUUAAUGUUUGCAGCGUCUAGAGGUGACGUUAAAAACAUGGAGGCUCUCGUCAACAGCGGGGCGGACGUCAAACAGAAAACAAAAGAAGGGAAAAACGCUUUGAUUUUAAUGUCUACACUACGGCAAUCCAAAGCGGUAAAAUAUCUACUUGAUGCUAAACUUGAUGUCAACGCUACUGACGAGCACGGAAACACCGCGCUGAUGUACGCAUCACAGAAUGACAAUGUUGACGUUUUGAACUUACUCAUACAGUAUGGAGCAGAUGUAAAUAAGGUUGGCAAUGAUCAAUGUACAGCUUUACAUUUCGCUGGGUUCACUGGCCAAACUGCCAACGUUGGUGUUUUAAUUGAAGCAGGCGCUGAUGUGAACGCCAGACAAGUUGAUGGUCUGACCCCUGUUUUAAUUGCAGCCGAGCACCGGCACGAGGAGAUCGUGAGGAAACUGCUGGACAACAACGCCGAAUUGGAUUUAGAAGAAGACGUUGCUCAAAUUGUUCUUGCGAAAUGUAUGUGGAACAAUAACUUAGUUGUGUACGCUAUGCUGCUCCAGCGGGCUACUCGAAAGGCGCUCCUAAUGCACGCCUUUAUUCUAGUGAUGUAUUUCUCUGACUUUGUUUGUACCAGUGCCUUUAGGUUAUUUAUGAGAGCUGUUUCUUACGACUAA